AUGAAUGUUAAAGAGUACCGUGGCGGUGGGACUGAAUACCUCAAUCCUGGGAGGGAGACAUUGAUCGAGGCUGAACAAAUAUGGUUUAACAACCCAAACAUGCACCCAGACGUCUUGGUCUCCGUUGGCUCCGGAUACCUCGGUCGACCGCCUACGUCUUCUAAAGUAUCCGAGCCAGGGAAUGAGGAGAAUGAAAAGACUGUGGAAGCAGAACCGUCUAAGCUUUUCAGCGAUCUCUCGAAAGAGCACCCUUGUCGUUACAUUCGACUACCUCCGCAAUUUCUUGAAGGAUCUCCAGAAGCUGACAAUGAGAGCUUAUCAAAACGCAUAAAAUUGGCCGCCAAAAACCCCCGUUUACUGAUUUCAAAACGGGUUCAAAUGAAAGACAUUAUUCGUAAAAAGGCGAAGCUUAUAGUUCAUCGCCUAGUAUCGACCACGUUCUACUUUGAACAGACGAAGGCCGUCAUGGAAGAAGGCGAAAUCGUCAUCUCAGGCGCCAUACGAUGCCGCUAUAAGAACACCUUAGAUAUCACCAAGGCGUUCGGACAAAAGAUUAAAAGCUACAUAUCCCCUUGUUUCGUAGUCCAACCCUCAAAUGUGGAGGUAUGGAGAUUCGACCAGGAAUCUGGGGAUCGAAUGCAUGACAAAGGACUGUUUUUUGCCGACGUCUCAUUCCGCCUUCCAGCUUCGUCCACCACAAUUGAUAUCAAGUUCACUGCCAAGAACUUUCCAGCGGAGAGUAUCAGUGGCUGCCCUAUUUUAGUUAGUAAAUUGAAGAAGGACAACUAG